CAGUUAGACUUUGUGUUAAAGUGCUCAACUUGGUUCAAGUCAACGGAUGCAGAUUUAGUGCGGUGAAAAUCAAUUGAAUAGAAAGAUGAGGACGGCAACGGUUCUUUCCUUAGCCGCAAUUACCUUUUUGUGCGUUGCUCAAAAUGGAGCUAGCAUUGUACCCUUGACGGGUGUGAAUCAACUACCUUUGGUGCUUUCUGUACCAACUGUGGUGACUGUAGUUCGAACAGAAGACGAUGGACAAUACAAACCAGUGCCCGGUUUGGAGGGCGAAUAUGUGCCAAGCAUCGAGGAUGCAGGUAUAACCAACGUCAUAACUACAGGAGUAUUGCCUGGCGGUGUUGUUGGAGGACCUUUAGUCAGCUCUCCAGGUGCUCUGCUCACCGUUGGUGGACCUGUAAGUGUCAAUGUUGCUGGUGUUGAAGGUGCGCCAGUUGCAGAAGCGGUGAUUUCUUCUGCAGCUAUUGGUGGUAGUAUUCAAGGGGCUGACGGUGCAGAUAGCUCUAGCAGCAAUGGAUCCAGUGACGGAUCAAAUGGAAGCGCUGGAGUUGUCGGAGCAGAUGCUGCAGGAGGCGUACUUGGUUCUGCUGGUGAUGAAAGUAGUGCCGACGGUGGUGUAGAUUCUGGAAAUGGCAGUGGUGGAGCUGGAGCCCUAGGUGUCGAAGCUGCUGCAGGUAGCGCUAUUGGAAUUGGAGGACCAAGUGGAGAAGCUGCUGCUGGCAGUGUCAUCGCAGCCGAAGGACUAGCUGCCUCAGGAGCUGGUGCUGGUAGCGCUAUUGGAGGACCAGGUGGCUCAGGUGGUGCUGGCGCAAUUGAAGUCGUUGAGGGUGCUGCUAGAUCUGGUCCUUAUCUAAUUGUUAGCAGUGCAUCUGGCGGUGGKGGUGGUGGAGGUGGUGCCGGAGGCCUUAUUGGUGCUGGAGGCGGUGGUGGCGGAGGCGGUGCUAGCGGAAUUGGUGCAGCUGGUGGCGGUGGUGGUGCCGGUGGAGCCAGCGUUAUUAAUGGUAUUGGUGGUGGUGGUGGUGCUGGAGGGGGUAGCAGUAGUGGUGGUGGCGGUGGCGGCGGUGGAGCUGGUGGUUCUGGUGGUCUGGCAAUAAUUGGUGGUCUUGCAACAGGUGGCGGUGGCGGUGGUGGCGGUGGAGGCGGUGGAGCUGGUGGUCUGGCGACAGGUGGUGGUGGCGGUGGCGGAGGUGGAGCUGGUAGUGCUGGUCUUCUUGCAAUAGCUGGUGGUGCCGGUGGCGGCGGUGGUGGAGGUGGAGCAGGUAGUGGACAUGGCGGAGCAGGAGGUGGCGGGGCCGGAGGCGCAGCUGGUAUCGGAGGCGCUGCUGGUGGUGGCGGAGGUGGUGGUGCUGGUGCUGCCACUGGCAUUGAUGGCCGAGCUGGGAGCUCAGGUGUAAGUGGUGCAGACGCUUGGGGUGGUGGCGCGGGUGGUGCUGGUGGUCUUGGUGCGCCCGCUUUACCUUGGCUUAAUCUUCAUUAAGAAAGCUACUUUCUAUAGCCAGUCUCUGUAUAAUGCUCAAAGUAAUGGAAAUGUGAUGUGUAACCUAAUAUAUUAUAUUUUUAACUUGACAUCAAUUACACUAGUUUAAGUCUAGUCGCCAUUUUGUACUUGCAAGUGAAUAAAAAGAUUUCACAAUAAAAUUGUAACUAAAUAUUGGGGUC